AUGAUUUCAAAUGUUGCAAAUAAAAUUUCAAAGGUUUUCAGAGGAACUAUUAUUCAUUCAUUGGAGAUAAACAAUGUUGAGAUAUUACAGAAUGCUGCAUUGGGUGUCGGUGAGAGUGGAUCGAUUGUUUUCCUCAAGAGAGACGUCGCCGAUGACCAAGUGUUUGGUGAGAUUGCAAAGGAAUAUUCAUUCACAGACUCGCAGGUCGUCAAUCUUGGCAAGAAGUUCUUGAUUCCAGGAUUCAUCGAUACUCAUGCACACGCACCACAAUACCACAAUGCCGGUACCGGUACUGACUUGCCACUACUGAAAUGGCUCGAGAAAUACACAUUCCCAGUGGAAUCGAAAUUCCGUGAACUCAAGUUUGCCCGUGAUGUCUACACCAAGGUAGUCGAUCGUAUGUUGAAAAACGGUACAACCACAUGUUGUUACUUUGCCACCAUUCAUUUGGAUGCAACUCUGUUGCUGGCCGACAUUGUCGGAGAGCGUGGACAGCGUGCAUUCAUCGGAAAGGUUUGUAUGGACCGUAAUUCACCGGACCACUACGUAGAAACCACCGAACAAUCGAUCCAAUCCACCAAACAAUACAUCGAAGAACUAAAUAAACGUGGAAAUCCAUUGGUCCAGCCAAUUAUCACACCAAGAUUCGCUCCAACUUGCACCGACCACCUCCUUAAGGAACUUGGUGUCAUCGCCAAAGAUAAAGGAACAAUGAUUCAAUCACAUAUCUCUGAGAAUAUAGAUGAAGUUGCUUGGGUUAAAUCAAUUUUUCCAGAAUUGAAAUCAUAUACCGAUGUCUAUAAACAUUUUGAUUUGUUAAAUAAGAAAACAAUUAUGGCUCAUGCAAUUCACUUGAGCGAUGAGGAGUUGGAUACAUUUGAAAAGUGUGAAGCUGGUAUUUCACAUUGUCCAGUGUCAAACUUUACUUUGGGUAGCGGUGCAAUGGACGUUAGAAAAGUGUUGCGAAAGAAUAUUAAACUUGGUUUGGGUACUGAUAUCAGUGGUGGAUACAGCAGCAGCAUUCUCACUGUUAUCAAAGACUCUUUGAAAUGUUCAAACUCGAUCUUCUUCCACGAUAAGUCACACACUCCACUUAGCUACGAGGAAGCAUUCUACCUUGCAACCGUCGGUGGUAGCAAGGUAGUUGAGCUGUCCGAUCGUAUAGGAAACUUCUUGCCCGGCAAGGAAUUCGACGCACAAGUCAUCGAUCCAUUCUCUGCCAACUCACCAUUCGAUGUCUUUGAAGCCGACACCACUCACGAUAUCUUCCAAAAGUUUAUUUUCAAUGGUGAUGAUCGUAAUGUAGACAGUGUAUAUGUCAAAGGAAGAAAAGUUAUCUAA